AUUCCUCCCUCCCUCCCUCCUCCCUUUUUCUUCUUCCCUAAAAAAACACACGCACACACAUGAAUGCGAUCGUAGCUGGAUUGAUUAAAAGAAGAAGAAGAAGAAGAAGAGCCGACGACUCCCUUCACGAUGUUUUCUGCCGGCGGCGGAGCCGAAUCGCCGCUGCCGGCAGCACCUCCCCCUUUUCGUCGCCGUCCGCCCUCGCAGCCGCCGGCGGCGACGGCGGCUGCGAGGGGCCGCCCAGUCUUCCCGUCCUCAUCGUCGGCGCCGGCCCCGUCGGCCUCGUACUCUCCUUCCUCCUCACUAAAUUAGGGAUCAAAUGUGCAGUUCUAGAAAAGAACACAACCUUCUCUCGACACCCCCAAGCCCACUUCAUUAACAAUCGAUCUAUGGAGAUCUUCCGGAAAUUCGACGGCCUGGCGGAAGACAUCGAGCGGUCGCAGCCGCCGGUCGAUUUAUGGCGCAAGUUCGUGUACUGCACUUCUCUCUCCGGCUCCGUUCUCGGCUCCGUCGAUCACAUGCGACCCCAUGGUUAUAUAUAUACAUCCCUUUUGCAAUCUUUGGAAAUUGAUCAUCGCAUUGAUUUUAUCUGUAAAUGUGCCGACGAUGCAGAUUUCGAUAGGGUCGUUAGCCCCGUCUCUGUAGCUCACUUCUCGCAGUACAAAUUGGUCGAGUUGCUACUCAAAAAGCUCGAAAAUUCGGGAGUUCGCGCGUGUUCGCCUGACGAAAUUGAAGCGCUGACGCACGAGGCGCGAUGGGAGGGGAAAAUAUUAAUGGGCCAUGAGUGUAAUUCCAUUCGCCCGAUCGAUGACGGUUUGAUUGUUGGAGCUUCGUAUUCCGAUAAGGGGAAGGCGGAGGAGAGAAAUUUUCGCUGUAAAAUACUUGUUGGGUCUGACGGUGCAAGGAGCACCGUGCGAAAACUGGUCGGCAUAGCUAUGAGAGGCGAAAGCGAUCUCCAGAAGCUUGUUAGCGUGCAUUUCUUGAGCAAGGACCUUGGGGGCUACCUGCUGAAUCGGAGACCGGGAAUGCUGUUCUUUAUUUUUAAUCCGGAGGCGAUCGGUGUUCUCGUGGCACAUGAUCUGAAGCAAGGGGAAUUUGUGCUUCAGAUACCAUACUAUCCUCCGCAACAGAACUUUGAGGAUUUCAGUUCCAAGGUAUGUGAGCAAAUUAUUUUCAAGUUGGUUGGGUGGGAGCCCGCAGACGUCCAAGUUGUAGACAUAAAGUCAUGGGUGAUGCAUGCAGAAGUUGCCGAGAAGUAUGUUUCCUGCAAUAAUCGCGUAAUUCUUGUUGGUGAUGCUGCUCACCGCUUUCCCCCUGCCGGUGGUUUUGGAAUGAAUACCGGCAUUCAGGAUGCACAUAACUUGGCCUGGAAAAUAUGCUCUUUAUUAAGCAAUAUUUCUUCGCCGUCCAUACUUCAAACUUACGAGACAGAGCGUCGGCCUAUUGCGAUUUCUAAUACUGCACUAAGCGUGGAAAACUUCAAAGCAGCAAUGUCUGUUCCUUCUGCUCUUGGCCUUGACCCGACCAUUGCAAACUCAGUGCACAGAGUAAUAAAUAGCAGCCUUGGAUCUAUCAUGCCGAGAAGCUUUCAGAAGGUUUUAUUAGAAGGAAUAUUUUCCAUUGGUCGUGCCCAGCUCUCUGACUUUAUUCUGAAUGAGAAAAAUCUGCUUGGAUCUUUGCGGCUAGAAAGACUAAAGAGCAUUCUUGAUGAGGGGAAGAGCCUUCAACUCCAGUUUCCUGCCGAGGAUCUCGGUUUCCGCUAUCGAGAAGGAGCCCUAGUCGCCGAUAGUUACGAUUUUCAAGAAACAGAAGCAACUAGUGAUCUUAAAAGGGUUUCGAGGGAAUAUAUACCAUCUGCUAAGACUGGUUGUCGGCUUCCCCACUUCCAAGUGAGAGCACAGACUGCAUCAUCCAGUGAGGAAACUCUCUCCACCUUGGAUUUGGUUCCCGGAGAUAAACUCGAGUUCGUUCUCAUUAUAGCACCAGUGAAAGAGUCUUACGACCUAGCGCGUGUAAUCCUUAGGACAGCUGAAGAGUUCAAAGUAUCCGUUAAGGUUUGUAUUAUGUGGCCUCAAGGUUCAUUUGUUCAGAAAUUAAGAGGAAGCAGAGUUGAGUUGGACCCGUGGGAAAACUUUAUCGACGUUGAAGAAGUUAAAAGGCCAUCAUCUACAACGUCAUGGUUGGAUACGUGUCGUAUGACGAGCCAUGGGGUCCUCUUGGUUAGACCAGAUGAGCACAUCGCAUGGAUGGCGGAAUCUAAUAAGAUCGACAAUGCUGUUUCAGAAGCUAGAAGAGUUUUCGCCGUAAUACUCGCGGCUGAAAAUACCUCGCUAUAGAUACACAUGCUGAUCGCGGAUGGAUACCUACUGCUUUGUUGAGGAAAAAUAAGGUGGUUUAUUUGAUUUCAUUGUUUCCGGUUAGUUAGAAAAGGCUAAAUGAUGGGGAGGUCCAAUCAUGUAGUUUAUAUCAUUUCUUGUACCAACAAUUAUUCUUUUUCAAAAGAUAACCAAUUUGUGCUGAUGAUAGCAUUUGUUCUUCCCCUUGUAGAAUGUAAUGUGAAAUGUUAUUGGAAUAAAACAAAUUGAGGGAGUUUGAUAUACAAUCUA